AUGGUUCCUAGUGGAUCCACGAGGGUUUUGUGGCAGAGCUUUGACUAUCCGACUGAUACUCUUCUCCCUGGGAUGAAACUCGGUUUCAACGUCAAGACCAAGAAGAGAUGGGAGCUGAGAUCAGGGCUAGGUGAUACUUUACCAGUUUCUGGAUCUUUUGUCUUUGGGAUGGAUGCCAAUAUAUCAAACCUGUUGACCAUCUUGUGGCGUGGAGAAAGGUAUUGGGCAAGUGGUCUCUGGUUUAAAGGACGUUUUUCCUUGGAUGCAUUUAACAACUAUGAAUCCGUCUUCUCUUUUAAUUCAACCGAAAGUGAACGGUACUUCACGUUUUCAGUUGAUAGCCACUAUCCUGAAACAGUGUUUCCCACAAUAACCAUAGACCAGCAUGGCGUUUUGCAUAUAAACAGGCUCGACAGAGAGCUAGCACAUGUGCGUUGUUCUCCUUUCACUUUGAGUAAAGAGGUCAGCUCCAGGUAUCAGUAUAGGAACGAGUACGGAGAUCUGUAUGAGAAAGAGUACAGGGAUUGGUAUAGGAAUCAGUACAGUAAUCAGUAUGAGGAAAACUCCACCGAUUGUUAUGGGAACAAAUCCAGGGACUGUUUGCAGGCUGGUUGCACAGUUCCUGAUAUGGCACAUGGGUUCCUGAACUGCUAUCCCUUUCGUUCUACCUAUUUCGAGGAGAUAGAACCAGAUUUACUAAGCAAUGGAUCUGUGCUUGAUGAAACUUAUGGAAGACUUAGUUCAGCUGAUUGCCAGGUCAUAUGUCUGCAAAACUGUUCUUGUGUUGCCUAUGCUUCGACCAAUGUUGAUGGUACAGGCUGCGAAAUAUGGAGUGACCCCUGCCAGAUCUGGAAUACUGGUUCUACCAACAAUAGGUCGUCUUCUCUUACUCCCAGAAGUAUAUAUAUUCGUGAACAAGAUGAGACAUCUAUAUGUAUGGGAAGAGAUUCGGAAAAUUAUUUUUCGGGCUUGGGGGGAGACAGAGGGAACGGGAAUCCUGUAGUUUGGCUAGUUGUUGGGGCAUCGCUGUUUCUAAUCAUACUUGUGACUGGCUUCAUCAUCUAUCUUGUUCUGAGGAAAUAUAAACUAAACGUAACUGAUAUAUUUCGAAAAACAUUCUACUUUUUACUGGGGAAAAUCAUUCAACUAAGUAUGGCUGCAUUUUACAAUUCACGGAAGAAAAUCAUUCAACCAAGUAAGGCCGGGUUUAACUAUCUAUGGAGAAAGAUCAUUCAACCAAUGAAUGGUUUCAUUGGGAGGAGGCUUCUAACACUGAGGUAUGGUUCAGCAAUAGACCGUGAAUUGUUACUGCGUGAACUGGGGAUUGAUAGGAGAGGCCGUCACAGGAGAAGUGCAAGAAAGAAUAAUAAUGAACUUAACAUUUUUAGCUUUGAAAGUGUAGCCUUGGCAACAGAUUACUUCUCUGAUGAGAACUUGCUUGGUGAAGGAGGUUUUGGUCCUGUGUAUAAGGGGAUGUUGAUAAGUGGUGAAGAAGUGGCUAUCAAGAGACUAUCAAUAGCAUCAGGGCAAGGACUAGUGGAGUUCAAGAACGAAGCCUUGCUUAUUGCAAAACUUCAACACACAAAUCUUGUGCAGUUGCUAGGAUGUUGCAUUGAAAAGGAUGAGAAAAUGUUGAUUUACGAAUACAUGCCCAACAAGGGCCUUGAUUACUUCCUCUUUGAUCCAUUGAGGAAAAAUGUUUUAGAUUGGAAGCUGCGGUUUAGGAUCAUGGAAGGGAUCAUUCAAGGGCUUUUGUACCUUCACAAGUACUCGAGAUUGAAAGUAAUACACAGAGACAUCAAAGCCAGUAACAUUUUGCUGGACGAGGAUAUGAAUCCAAAAAUAUCGGAUUUUGGAAUGGCUCGGAUAUUUGGAGCCCAAGAAUCCAAAGCCAACACCAGAAGAGUUGCUGGAACAUUUGGGUAUAUGUGUCCUGAGUACUUCAGAGAAGGGCUAUUCUCAGCCAAAUCAGAUGUGUUCAGCUUCGGGGUUCUGAUGCUUGAAAUCAUCUGUGGAAGGAAGAACAAUAGCUUCCACCAUGACUCAGAAGGACCUCUCAAUCUCAUAGUUCAUGUGUGGAAUCUGUUUAAAGAGAACCGAGUUGGCGAAGUGAUAGAUCCUUCUUUGGGAGAUUCUUCACUUGAGAACCCUCAAGUGUGA